AUGUUAAUGUCUGCAUUUCUGGAUCUUGAAGCCGGUGUAGCUCAUGAUGGAGAUGACCAGUCCUCUGACUCAGAAUAUGAAGGCGAAGAUAACUUUAUUGUUGAAGAGGAGGAUUGGGACAAAACAACCGAUUCACCGGAUGUGGACCUCAUUGCCAACUUAUCCGCUCCAUUUGUGGAGGAAGAUAGAUGGGGCAGCCUCUUGGAGAGGGCAAGAGCUUGUGCAAGCACCCCUGAGAGCCUGCCGAAUGGUAGCAAAGGAUUUGACCUUGGUCCUAUCGUGCAUCCUGGGCUGGGAGGAAUUUGUCAUGUUCCACAUUGGGUGCUGCAUUUGACCAGGACAGGGCAUCAAGGCCCCCUUCAUUAUGCCACAUAUGGAGAAACAAGUGUGGCUAGAGGCCGAUAUGUCAGCCAAUUUGAAGAGCUGGCUGAUAUACCUGGUGUUAUCUGUCGCAAUCAACAGGUGCUGCUUCAUGCUAUCUCCAUCACAGACACCAGCAGAGGCCAAUCAGGGAUCAUCCGUAGCAUUGGCAAACAAAACUUAGAGGUAGAAUUUGUUGAAGGACUUCUCCCCAUUAGAUGGGCCGACUAUCGAAAGGAAUUUAACAUAGGGCAGUAUGUCGAGAUCUCAGAGGGAGCAUUGGUGGAUAGAUGGUCCAGAUGGAUUAGUGCUGUUGAAGAUGAUAUGUUACAUUUAAUUUCCACUCGUGGGUGUACAAAUCACCAAGUUGAGGUAUGUGGUGUUCACCCCAAUGCUGUCAUUGCGAUCCCUGUUCCACACAACUUGUGUGCCCUCUCAGCUACAACCUCUCUGGAUGUGGAAUCAACACACUCCAUGCCAUGGAAGGGGACUAUGGUCCAGGUAACAAAGGCAGGCCAUAUAUGGCAUACAAAGAUGGGAUAUGUGGUUGAUGUAAACUGCAUAAUGGAUCCUAAUACUGAUGUGCCAGUCUUACAAGUGCUUGUACAGCUCACACACUACAAUCCAAAUGCCCCCUUCCUUUCUCUAUGGUUCUCAUACCUUGAUAUCAUUGAGGAGGAAUCAUGGCUACCCCUCAAUGAAGCACAACCAUUGCAAAAUGACCAUCACUUGUUUCAUAAUUUGAUACUGGAAACCAACGUGCUGGAAAUGAAGGGCAGACACGUUCUUCCACAACGUGAAGAAGAGCCAGGCAACGCUACUCCUCUACCAGAUCCCUUGGAACAAUGCCUCUCUCCAGCGUGGAAUCCCUCAUCUCCAGACCCACCGUCGCACUGGUGCCUUGAUCCUCACCUCCCUGGUGCCAACUUCCAUGUGCAGUACAAUGGUUGCAAAAUCAUGGUCUUGGUGAAACACAACUACCAAGGGAAGAUAGUUUGUGUCAGGAAUGAUACACCACUAGAAGAAGCCCUGGAUCCCUCAAGAGUGCUGGCAAUCCACCCUAAAACCCGGCACUAUGACAUGUUUUUGGUAAUUUUGGGAGAGCAUUGUGGGAAGUGGGUCAGGAGCAUCAAAUUUGAAAAGCACUCUCACAACGAUAACUCAGAUCUUGAUUGGACUGUUGCUGUUGUUGUUCCCAGAGCUCCCUACCUCCCAGAUGAUGUGACUGACAAAAAGCUGAUCUUGCACAAUUCGAAGAUGACCAUUGCCGACGAGACCAAGGAAUCUAAGGCAUUGAACUUAAAUUUGAAGAAGCAGUUACGAUUACCUUCUCAAGAUUACUACCACUCAUUGAUGCAAUUCCUUGCACCAUCAUCAAUUCUCGUGGGUGCGGUUUCUGAUUCCUCUCAUGCGAAUGGCCUCCGAGUGUGUCUGGCGAUGCUGCACAUACUUCAGGAGGACCUUAAUCUGAUGGGCAGUGCACAUAUUGCGCGAGCUAUGCAGGCGAUGUCCUAG